AUGGACAAGCUCUCCGGACUCGCUUCCAAGCUCGGCGGUGGCAGCAGCAGCAGUGGCUCUGGCUCCAACCAGCCUGCUGGUAACGAGGACUACCUCGACAAGGCCCUCGACAGCGCCGAGCGCAAGUUUGGUGGUGGCAAGGUUGACCCAGAGAAGAUGCGCUCGACCAACGAGAAGAUCACCGACGGUGCUCGUGAGCAGUUCGAGAAGCUGACUGGCAAGCACGUCCCCGAGAAGUUCUCCAACUAG